UUCCCCUCACUCCAAACAAUUGUAUACAUUCCCUGCAUCCCCCAGGCAGCCGGAUUAUGAAAGAUAUUAUAACAACACCAGGGAUCCUAAAAAAACACAGGAAAACCACUUCUAUAAAGAGGGUGAGAAAGUGGCCUUGGCAGUAGCAACACAGACCUCUUUCUUAGUAUAAUAAUAAUAAUAAUAAUAAUAAUAAUAAUAAUAAUAAUAAUUUAUUUAUACCCCUGUAUCAGGAAGCUUUUAAUCUCUGAUGUAUUGUGUGUGUUUUAUAUUCUCCUGGAAGCCACCCAGAGUGACUGGGACAGCCCAGUCAGUUGGGAGGAUGCAAGUAUCAUCAUCACCAUCAUCGUCAUUAUCUCGAGGGGGCAGGGUCAGAGAAGGAAAUUUGCACAUUAUCCCCAGGGAGAGCUCAAUGAUUAGAAUGGUCUGAGUCCUCCUAUACUAGAAGCCUGGAACAGGUGAAUCUAUCUGCAGGAAAGAUGAGCUUUUGGUACUCUAGGAGCAUUUAGAAGUUGGUUGCUCUCAAAUGUAUAAGGAAUUGGGCUUAAGCUGAUUGGUAGUACACCCAAACCCCUGGAAGACAGACAGAUUUUUCUCCCAGCCUGAGCAUCCUAGGCAUGGGUGCCUGUUUCAUAACAGCCUUCCCUGUUUUAGUCAAAGCAUUCCACUCAGUUGUUAACCAAAGGGUCAUAAAACCCAAUUUACAAAGCACCGAAUCCUGAAGACUUCAUUAUGUUAAUGCACACUGUUCAGUAUUUCCUUGUUUUGUUAUUCCGUGGCUCCUUGAGGAGAAACAGCCAUGGCAGUGGCAGGCUUUGGGCUUUCAUAUUUCAGCGGUGCCGUGUGCGAUAACAAAAUUCAGCUCCCACUUGCCUCUUACCUCUAAGUCAUUGUUGCAGCACCCCUUGUGGUGACUUCUCAGCUUGGUGUCCAGUGUGGGCAAACCAGUUGCGCUCCUCUAAAUUUGCAUCUGCCAAAGGUUAUUUAUGUAUAUAACAACUGCGCCCCGUGUAAGAUAUGCAAAGUGAACCAUGGAAAGAGAAGAAGGGAAAUCACUGAUAUUUUAAGUAUGUGAAAUGUUGAUCUGAAAUUGUAAUACAGAAAAUUUAAUAAAAAUUAUAUUAAAAAAUAAAUAAAUUUGCAUCUGCCAUGAACCACAAUACCAAAAGCUGCAAAUUUUAUAUUGACUGCAACGUCUUGAACUCUGAAUAAAUUUCAUGGUUGAUAUCAAGAACUUAACUUUAUUUUCCUCUUUCCUUUCCUUGAUGAAUAGUUCCUGUCAUCACGUGCAUCGCAACCAGAUCACUCAUGCACAGAGCUUACCUGCCAGUAUAUCACAAAAACCUACAAAUAGGUGGACAUUCAACCUUCCAGGAGGCACAGAACUAUCAUCAGAGUAUUUUGCUUCAGUAGUCUGCUCUUGCUGCUCAACUUGAGAUCCAAGUCAAGUUUCAACAAUGAGUUUGCGCUGGCUGUUCAUGGUUGCCCUUCUGUUUUCUGAGAUGCUUCUGUCUUCUGCAGGUAAGACAUGCAUUGAAGUUAAAAACAUCCAGAAAGAAAUGACAGAAGAAUGAAAUGGGGCUGGAAGUCAUCCAGUGCCAUCAUGCCCAUGUUAUGUUCUAUGACUUUGCCCCCCUGCGGCCUGACAAAUUAUGAAUGGAAAGGGUGUUGAGUGUGAUGGAGAUGAAGGAGAUGCUGGCUUUGUUUACAAGCCACAGAGAAAGAGGAGGGAGGUGAAUGGAGGGCAAAGGAAAGAGAGGAGCAGAAAGAUAUCUCUAGGGAAGAGGGUAAGAAUGGACACUGUCCUAAAUUCUGCCCUAUGAUGAACAGGGGUCCUUAGGUCUAAAGGUUGGGACAAUGAGCAGCUUUAAGCCCUGUCCUCUGCUGCAAGGGGAAUCUGAGAAUGCUCUGAGCGUUGUAAUCACUGUGCCCCAUAGGAUGCUUUCUACUCACGCUGUCCCAUGUCCUCCAUCCAGGCCCAUAAGUUUAUGAGCAAGAACAGCCAAUGAGGCGUAUAGGGAAGAAUCCCAAGGACCUGACAGAGAGGCUCAGUGGACUAUACUGUCAGUUUGCAUUUCUUAGUGCAGGAAGUAUUGAUCUGAUAUGUAGAGAUCUUUCCUAUUCUACUUAAUUCAAGAGGGUUCUGGAAACCUCUGGAAGCUUCUCUGUGUGAAAGAAACAAGCAGAAGGUUCAUGAUGUUUGGGUUAUUCCUUCAGAGAAGCUGAGUACAGCUGGUUUGAACUGGCUAUAAAAGUAAGGCCAAAAGGAGCCUGGGUUUAACUCUUUCUAUCUCUUUUCCUUCUGGUGUGGUGUUCUAUACAUAGUUUAGACUUAUUAUAAGUUAUUGUAAGUUUAAGUUAAGUCUCCUGCAACUGGAUUUCUUAUGGAUGGUGCCAAUCCUGAAUUUAUUAGAUUUGUGACCAUUAUGCUCAUUUGCUUUCAGUAGCAGUAAAGCUCUGCUGGAUGAAAUAGAAUUGCCUCUGGUCUAUUUUUUGGGAAUCCUGCAAUGUGUUUAAGUUGUUAUUCUGCUAACUAUACGUUGGAAUCCCUUGUUAAUAUUUCCCCCAUCACCUCUUCAUAGCUGUCAACAUUUCCUGUUUUUUAAGGGAAAUUCCCUUAUUCCGAAUAGGAUUCCUCGCAAGAAAAGGGAAAAGUUGACAGCUAUGCCCCUCUUAUGAAAUCCAUUGCUAAGAGCAGUGUUUUUUUCUGGGGGGAUGCAGGGGUACGCAUACCCCUAAACAUUUAGUGAAUCUUUGUACUUUUGUCCCUUUACUGUAUUUAUUUUCCCCGAUUUGAACUAUAAAAUGGUGAUUUUCUUGAGUCAAAAUGAGAGUGCUCCCAAACAUUUAUAUAUAUAUAUAUCUAUAUCUAUAUAUAUAUAUAUAUAUAUAUGCACUGGCUAAUAGUAUUUCCAUUUCGGAGGGAGUUAUGGCUGAAGUCAUACAGCGAUUUAUAUUUAUUUCCUUCACCUCUCAUGCAAUUCUUCUUCUUUUGUAUAGGAAAGGAUUAUAUAAUUAAAGGUAAAGAAGCAUGUAUCAAGGAAGGAGGUCAUUGCGCUGGAGAAUUCUGUCCUUCAGGUCACACGGAAUUAAAGUUAUGCUACGACAAUGUACCUUGCUGCAUACCCUCUUAAGAGCAAGUCAGGAUGGAAUGGAAAUAAAAAGUCCACUUUAAUGUCUUCCUAAUUGUGCUGGCUGUGAAUGAAUGUGUCAUGGGAAUAUAUACUGA